AUGGUGUACAAUUAUCUCCAGUACGAAGAUUUCCCCAAAUAUAUAGAACUGUAUAUUGUAGUAGACAAAAACGUAUUUGCCCGAGAAGCAAAUAAUGUCAGCAGAGUGCAAACGGUAGUGCUGGAUGUGGUGAACAUUGCGGAUGCCACCUUUCAGGGUCUCAAGACAAACGUCGUCCUAGUUGGACUUGAGAUCUGGACUGAAAACAACUUAAUAGAAAUUUCUACAGACAUCACAAACGUUCUUCAAAAUUUCAAUAAGUGGAGAACCACCAACAUGGCCAACAGGACAGCAUAUGACACGGCCUUUUUGUUCCUUUCACAGACUUUCGAAGAUGUCUUUGGAAAGUCCUACUACUCUGCUAUUUGCAAGCCACCUUUUUCAGCAGGGCUCCAAGUUUACCUCCAGAACCAACUGACCCGCUUUGCAAGCGGAUUUUCUCACGAGUUGGCCUCUCAUAUAGGGAUGAGCCAUGACGACUCCUACUGUGUCUGUGGCGAACACACAAGCUGUAUUAUGCACACGUACCACGCCUCUGUUAACCUGUUCAGUAACUGCAGCAUUCUGGAUUUCAUAGAUCUUCACCAACAGGGCCUCUUGGGCUGCUUGCUAAAUGUCCCUGAGAUAUCUUCCAGAUUUAAGCACUGUGGGAAUGGGGUUUUGGAUAUGGGUGAACAAUGUGAUUGUGGGGAACCAAACACAUGCAGGAACGAUCCUUGCUGCGCUCCCGGUUGUCUUUUGAAGAAAAAUGCCAUUUGUGGGGCAGGAAAAUGUUGCCGAAAAUGUAUGUUCAUUCCCAAAGGAGAAAUAUGCCGGGCUAAAGUCAACGAAUGUGAUCUCCCCGAAUACUGUGAUGGGAAAUCUGCACAGUGCCCAAAGGACUUGUACCUGCAGGACGGAACACCCUGUAGCAAAUAUUCUUCUUACUGUUACAAAAAGAGGUGCUGGAACCACGAUUUCUUGUGCCGCAGAAUCUUUAGAGGGCAGUCCAGAUCAGCUCACGAGAGCUGCUACCUCGUUCUGAACACCCUCGGGACUCCCUACGGCAACUGUGGCAUCGAUUCUUCCAGGAAUGAAUAUUUGAAAUGCCAUCCUAUUCAUAGCAUGUGCGGAAAAGUUCAGUGUGUAAAUGUGAAUUCUCUGCCUGCCCUGAAAGACGUGGUGUUCCAUAAGAUUGCAGUGCGAGAUAAUAUGUGCUGGAGCAUUUCACAAGACGACGAAAUCCAUCACCAGGACAUCGGGUCUGUCCCGAACGGCAUCGUGUGUGACCCGUACAAAGUGUGCAUCAAUCACACAUGCGUCCCCAAAGCCGCACUUAAUAUGACCUGCGACCCGCGGAAAACCUGCCGAGGCAGAGGCGUUUGCAACAACCUUCACAAAUGCCACUGCAAUAGUGGAUGGGCCCCUCCGAACUGCAAGUAUUGGGGUGCAGGAGGGAGCAUUGAUGGAGGGUUUCCUGUGAUUGCCUGGGGUGACUCCUUGGCAAAAUACGUCCUGGGAACCAUCAUUCCUUUUUGCAUGUUGAUUAUCGCUGCUGUUCUUGUGAUCUUUCCAAAGAUGUGGGAGCUGCUGGGACCAUUUCUGAAGUGUUGGAAACCUACCAUGGAAAAAACAGACACCCAGGUAAGGGUGCCCGUUGAGGCUCCCUAG